CGCGAGUGAGUGUCCGUCACUGAGUGGAGUGCAGCGGCUGCAGUUGACAGGAAAAACUUCAUUAUUCAGUUGUGCUCGGGCAAGAUGUUCUCAACCAUUGUCAUCCAGUUUCUAAAGAAAUAUUUUACGGUGGAACUCGUAAUAUUUUUCUACUUCUACGGGUUUCUUAUGAACCUGCCAGUCCUGACAAUUUACGUGUACGAGCGAAUCAGUGAUGAGAAAGGAUUUCCGUACAAGAACCUCAGCCAAAGCGAUGACGGAAGCGGCUGCGGAGGAGAAGGCCUGGGGCAAAAUUCAACAUUGGGGGAACUGGAAAAUGAGGUGCAAACUCUGGCUUCCCAGCUUGGCAUGACUUACAAUCUUGUCCUAACCCUGCUCUCCCUUGUUGUGGCGCCGCUCUGGGGACCGUGGACUGAUAAUGGCGGCAGAAGAAAACCUGCCUUGCUUGUUGCCAUAUUGGGGGCGUGUCUGGAGAUGGUCAUUACCCUGUUGGUAAUGUAUUUUGACUGGUCAGUGUACGUUUUGAUUGUGGGCGCGGCUUUGAACGGCUUGUCGGGAUUUGCGACAGUUUUGUUCGUCGGAGCAACGGCAUACAUAGCUGACGUUUCCAGCAAAGAAGAAAGAGCUUUUCGAAUUGCGGUGAUGUACAUGCACGUAUUCCUCGCUGGAGUCAUCAGUCAACUGACCAGCGGUCUUUGGAUUCAAAAUGUGGGAUUCAUUCCUUCUGCUUGGUUCAUGUUGGCUUGCUACGUUCUCUCUGGAGUUUGGGCUCUAUUCUGCGUGCGGGAAAUUCCCCGAGGAAACAGCAACGAAAAAAUGGUUGGAUUUUUCAGCAUUGAUAAUAUAAAAUGUUUUAUCAAUGUCUUCCGAAAGCAGAGAAAGGCUGGACGAAAUAAUUUUCUCUUGCUGAUGGUUUGCGAAGGCGUGAUUUUCCUAUCGACCUUGGGCAUUGCUGGCGUAAAAGGGUUGUUUAUUCUGAGAAGUCCUCUUUGUUGGGGCCCACACCUGGUUGGGUAUUAUUUUGCAUUUGAAGGGUUCGUUCAUGGUAUUGGAAGCGUGGUUGGCAUUCACUGCUUCGGACGCUGCUUGAAAGAGUUGAGUGUCGUCCGCAUUAGUUUGGUUUCCGUGAUUCUGGCUUUGGUUAUGUUGGCGUUCUCCGAUCGCACUUGGAUGGUGUUUGUUGCGGUCGUGGUCGGUGUCUUCUACGGAGUAGCUGAUCCAGUUUUGGUGGGAGCAAUGUCGAGAAUAGUGUCAGAUGAAGAGCAAGGUGCCAUGUUUUCUGCUUAUGAGAUGGUCAUUGCAUUGAUGCAGCUAAUAGGCGCCGUGCUCUUCAACACAGUUUACCAGGCAACGCUUUCUCUUUCGUUUCAAGGUCUGGUCUUCCUGUUGUGUGCAGUGUUGAUCCUUAUUCCCUUUGUUCUCGUGAGCUUCAUAGAACUGCCACCUAUCGAGGAAGACGACAAGGUGAAAGAAGAUGACGAGUUAGAGAUGAAACAGGUCCAACAUGCAUCCGGGGAAUAGUACAAAUAAUUGCCUUAAGAGCCGUAAGGGGGUAAAUUGUUAUCGUGACGCAACCAAAAAUCCUCCUAACCCUCCCAGGCAAUAAGUGGAUAUGCAUAAAUAAAGAUAAUAAAAAUGCAUUAUUUAGGCUUAGUAGUUUGAUGAAAAAAAUUUAUCAUGCGCAACGCGUUUGAGCACCA